AUGAAUUGUGACCUUCGGCAGAAUAAUGCUUCUGUGGUCGAUUGCAAUCCUAGGUUUGUAGCACAUUUGGUAUAUCAGGCCUUGCUACGGUACAUUGUGAAUGUACUAAGUCGGAAAUGUCCUUUAUCAUUUCAACCAAAUCUAUGCAAGAAAUUUUCAAACACAAUGCUUUACGCUGAUAGAUACUCUAACUCAAUAAACAAAAUCCUCAAUAGGGCUAGUUUAAAAGAAAAUUUAACUGGAAAUAUAUUAUAUGACUUGAUAUAUCGAAAGACAAGGAUUUGCUUACGAAAAAAUAUAAGGAAAAACGAACUAUACAGCGGGCUUCAUGAAUAUGAAACAACGGUUAAUGAACAUAUAAGGCAAAACGUGGAACAUGAAAUUGAAGAAUCUCAAACACAAGAAAACUCUACAUUAAAUUCAUCACCUCCAUAUACAAUUUCAUAUCCUUCGUUGCCAACGGAAGCUGCUUUUACUAAUAAUGAGUCAAGCACAACCUUACAGGAAACUAUAUCUUCGGAUACAAUUUUAUCGUCAGAUAAUUUUCUUAACGAAGUACUAUCUUCUCAUUCUAAAAGCGAUAUCUGA